AUGCAGUUCACCAAGUCUCUCUUGCUGCUGGCAGCCCUCACCUCCAGCUCUCUGGCCCGUCUGCAAGGCCACGAGCGCCGUCAGUACGCCACCUCGGCCUCCUCCACCGUCGCUCCCUCCUCAUCCUCCGGCGGCAGCUCCGCCUGGACCGCCACCCCAGCCGGAGGCUCCUACUCCACCGCGGGCUUCGGCGGCCGCACCUCCAACAGCGGCAGCGGCGAGACCUACGCCGGCAACGUCGGCAACCCAUGGGGUAGCAACAUCAUCGAAGUCUCCGCCGACUCGGCCUCCAACUACAAGAACGUCGCCCAGAUCAGCGGCCAGAACAGUGAACCUUGGACCGUCGUCUUCUGGAAUAAGAUCGGCCCCGAUGGCCAGAUGACCGGCUGGUACGGCAACGCUGCUCUGACCCUCACCCUCAAUGCCGGAGAGACCAAGUACGUCGCCUUUGACGACGACACCAACGGCGGAUUUGCGGCCGCUGCAGGCAGCAUCCCCAAGGACUCGAAUGGCGGGUAUGCCUCGACCUGGGGCGAGUUCGAUUUCACCAGUGCCGGGAACGGCGGCUGGUCUGGUUUCGAUGUCUCUGCCAUCCAGGCGCAGAAUGCGGGCCUGACCGUGCAGGGCAUGAAGAUCUGUGAUGCGCUGGGGGGUACUUGCUCUAGCAUCACCCCUAAUGCGGCGUCGGUUGACAAUGCCUACACCACUGCUGAGGCGGCUAUUGGGGGUAUUGGUGGGAACCUCUCUGGUGGUGGUGCAGUGCGCCUGGCUGUUACCAUUGACUACAGUGGCUAA